UCGCUUAGCGCAUUAAACGCGGCAGUUCUCCGCCAGCUCCUGCUGCCUCUGUCGGCUUCCUCCUCUCCGCUGCCUCCGCGGUCGCUGCCGCCGGGACUCAGAAAGUGGGGGAGUGCGAGAUGGGCCAGACGCUGAGCUGCGCUGGGUCGAGCAGUGAUCUCGGCGGUUUCUUCGCUUCCGUCCAAGCCGGUCACUUGGAGACUGUGGGCGCCGCCGUCCAAGAAGAUCCCUCCUUGCUCCUCCGGUCGACCUUCUUCGAUCGCCUCUCUGCCCUUCACAUCGCCGCGGCCAAUGGUCAUGUCGAGAUCUUGUCGAUGAUCCUGGAGAAGUAUUCCAAUCCGGAUAUAGUUAAUCGUCAUAAACAGACUCCACUGAUGCUCGCUGCGAUUCAUGGGAAGAUAGCAUGUGUGCAAAAGUUGCUUGAAGCUGGGGCAAAUAUUCUGAUAUUCGAUUCGUUGAAAGGAAGAACUUGCCUUCAUCAUGCUGCCUACUAUGGUCAUUCAGAUUGUCUGCAAGCCAUCCUCUCUGCUGCCCAAUCCACUGCCGUUGUUGAUUCUUGGGGAUUUGCCCGGUUUGUAAAUGUUGGGGAUGAAAGGGGAGCGACGCCUCUACAUCUUGCAGCACGGCAAAGACGGACUGAGUGUGUCCGUGUACUCUUAGACCAUGGGGGUCUUGUUUCUUCCUCCACUAGGGAAUAUGGUCAUUCUGGGAGCACUCCUCUACAUUUGGCAGCUCGCGGAGGAAGUUUGGAUUGUGUUCGCACAUUGCUUGCAUGGGGAGCCGAUCGGCUCCAGAGGGAUUCAUCUGGGCGAAUACCUUAUUCUGUAGCUAUAAAGCACAAUCAUGGAGCUUGUGCAGCUUUGCUAAACCCAUCAGCAGCAGAACCUCUUGUUUGGCCUUCUCCAUUAAAGUUCAUCAGUGAACUUGAUCCAGAUGCAAGAGCUCUUCUAGAAGUAGCUCUGAUGGACGCUAACAAGGAAAGCGAGAAAAUAAUAUUGAAUGAAAGAAAAAAAUUGUUAUCAUCUCCUGCAAAUGUGGAUGAAGCAUUUCAUGAUGAUGCUUCUGAGGCGAGUGAUACAGAUCUUUGUUUCAUCUGCUUUAACCAAGUCUGCACCAUUGAAGUACAAGACUGUGGGCAUCAGAUGUGUGCUCGCUGCAUGUUGACUCUUUGCUGUCACAACAAACCCAACCCCACGACGUUGUGCGUACCCUCUCCAACAUGCCCUUUCUGCCGCAGCAACAUUGCUCGCUUAGUGGUCGCCAAGACAAAGGCAAUAGACGAGGGAGAGAAGGCCACCAACUCUAAGCUGCAGAGAUCCAGGAGGUUGAGGAAUUUCAGUGGGGGAAGCAGCAGUAGCUUCAAGGGCUUGACAUUGUCUAUGGGAUCAUUUAGUAAGAUGGGACGUAGCUCCGGACGCAUAAUGAAUAGUGAAGAUAUGGAGGACAAACCAAUGUAAUUGUGUCUCAGUAGUGCCAUAGCUACCAGUUUUGGAAGCUCCAGUUAAUCUUGCUGAUGCAGUCCAUUCCUUGAGUAGAUUCUCACUCUAAAGUCAUCAAACAUGCAGUAUCUGCAGAUUGGUGUUGCCAGUCUAUCAAGAUUGAAGAUUGUGUUCUUUAAGAAAGUGUGUAUUCAGAACCAAUUAUCAUGAGAUACAGAGAGAGAGAGAGAGGGGAAGAGCCAUUUUGCAAGCUUUCCCACACCAUUACCAUGUUGAAACUGUAAGCCUGCUUGCCUACUUUGCAAUAUUAAUGAGUCCAUUUACCAUUUUUUUUUCAGAUGUUUGGCUUAGGUUGUGGAACAAGUAUUAUUAUGUAAUCAUUUUGUUUGUCCAGAAAAUAAGUGAAAGUGGAAUUUGUGAUGCC